AUCUAUCUGUCGUACGUCUCCCCUUGUAAAAGAAGCUAUAAGAUUUCAAUCUCAUCCCUAGUUAAACCUGAGAGAAGGAAUCUUGUGUUGAUUGAUCAAUGGAAGGUUGUCCAAGAAACAGAGAGAUCGGUCCAAAACUUUUUGAUUUGAUUCCCCAAGGAAGAAAAUGGUAUCAAGAAGACAAGAACAACAUAGAUCAGGAGAAGAAACUUGAGCUAAGGCUUGGACCACCUGGUGGUGAUGAAGAAGACCGUUCAGCGAUGAAGAAGAAGAACAACAACUACACAGAGACAAGAAACAUAAAGAUGGAAUCAGAAGACAAAUCUUUCCAGGGUUUCAACAGCAAUCACUUCUCUUCUUCCAACAAAACCUCUCAGAAAAGAACCGCUCCUGGUCCAGUAGUGGGUUGGCCUCCGGUUCGUUCUUUCAGAAAGAAUCUAGCGAGCACAAGCUCUUCAAAGUUGGGAAAUGAAUCCUCACAUGGAGGUCAAAUCAACAAGAGUAAUGAUGAUGGUGAAAAGCAAGUUGAACCCAAGAGAGAAGGAAUGUUUGUGAAGAUCAACAUGGAUGGUGUUCCUAUUGGUCGUAAAGUUGAUCUCAAUGCUUACAAUAGCUACGAACAGCUCUCUUUUGCUGUUGACAAACUCUUCAGAGGUCUACUCGCAGCUCAAAGAGAGAGCUCUGGUAGUGAAGGAGAAGAGAAACCUAUAAUUGGAUUAUUAGAUGGGAAAGGAGAAUUUACUUUAACCUAUGAAGACAAUGAAGGGGACAAGAUGCUUGUUGGGGAUGUUCCUUGGCAAAUGUUCGUUUCAUCUGUGAAGAGACUGCGUGUGAUUAAAAGCUCUGAGAUUUCAUCUGCCUUGACAUUUGGAUGCAGUAGUAAGCAAGAGAAGAUGAGGCACUGAAGAGUGUUUUAGAAACUACUAUUUCAGGCAGAGGGUCUCACAGCUUAUACAUGUACAUCUGGUUUUUGUUAUAUAUAUAAGAGAUAAUCAUUUGGUUUUGUCCAAAGAGACAAUUUGAUCUGAUCUGAUAUUCCCAUGCCUUCAAAGACACUUUGGACGAUGAGAUUACAGAAGCGAUCUGUGUUUAAAAGCAGUUUAACUAAUUUAAAGGAGAUAAUUAGAACAUGAUAAUUAUCUCAUGUCUGCCAGAAUCUUUUCGGAAAAAAAGUAUGAAAUUUUUAUUCUCUGUAAAAAAAAGCUCCUUUUAACUUUUGUUCCUUCCAACUUUGGCUAUACGACCUUUAAUCAUGUAAAAAGCUGAGAAUGAAAGGCCAUUAUUGUUAUGUGUGUUUUUACUA